UCCUGACUGUAUCAAAAGGGCUCGACUUUCUUGCUUUGUUUCACUUUUCUUCAGGCUAGCCUUCUGAACUGUUUCCAGAGAUGGCUUAUCUUACUUUGCUUUUGGCUAUUCUUCUUGUGCACAAAGCACUGUGUGAAGCAACCUUUUGGGACACAGCUGUUCGGCUCUCUGAGACUAUGACUCUGGAAUGUGUGUAUCCAUUGACGGAUAACUUAACCCAGGUGGAGUGGAACAAGAUCAAUGGUACAGAGACUGUGACCAUAGCUGUUUACAUCCCUAACCAUCGUAUGCAUAUACAUAAAAACUACCUCCAUAGAGUGCACUUUCCGAACUCAACCGUGGGGUUCCGCAAUAUGAGUCUUUCUUUUUACAACGCCUCUGAAACAGACAUUGGCACUUACACCUGCUUGUUAAGUAUUUUCCCAAGUGGACUUUGGGAAAAGAAGAUAAAAGUGGUCCAGUCAGAUAGUUUUGCAAUACUUGCACCCUCAGAUGGCUACCUGUAUGCAGAACCUGGACAAAAUGUCACACUCAGUUGCCAGCUUCCAAGGAACUGGCCAGUGCAGCAAGUCAUGUGGGAAAGAGUCCAGCCUCAUCAGGUAGACAUCUUAGCUUCCUGUAACCUCUCUCAAGGGACAAGAUACACAUCAAAGUACCUAAGAAAAAUAUGGAGCACCUGCAGCCAGGAGAGCAUGCAGAGUGUCGUCAUCCCCAAUGCCACGGCUGCUGAUUUUGGACUUUAUAGAUGCCGGUCUGAGGCUAGCACAGGAGAAAAGGAAACCUUUGUCAUAAGGCUGAUCCUAACAGAUGGUGGAACCAAUAAACAUUUUAUCCUUCUCAUUGCUGGAGGGUCAGUUUCACUAUUGCUUAUUAUCCUAAUUAUCAUAAUCAUCAUUUUUUAUAACAGAAGGAGAAGGAGACAGGUGAGAACACCACUUAAAGAGCCCAGAGAUAAACAGAGUAAGGUAGCCACCAACUGCAGGAGCCCCACUUCUCCCAUCCACUCUAUAGAUGAUGACAAAGAGGACAUUUAUGUGAACUAUCCAACCUUCUCUCGAAGACCAAAACCAAGAUUCUAAACCAUUUCCGUCCUGAGCACAUCAGUGCUCAGUGAUGACUUGUAUGGCAUGAAUUUAUAGUCAUCUUUUCACCACCAGUAUCUACCUUGAUAAAAGUUGGUUGAAUUUAUUUCAUUUGCUAUAAAGAAAUAUUUAAUAACCUGAGAACAUUCUUACGAGAGAUGCAUUUGAAAAUCCAAAUCUAAUUAGCUCUUAUGUACAAGAAAACUUGUCGAGUUGUGCAACAGAACUGUCUAGAAAAGAUGAAACACCAUGAAGUUUUCUUGUUGUAUUUGAAAUUAAUGGUGGGCAGAAACUUGUCUCUGGAUCCUACCUACAGCGUUGGUUCCACUUACAUAAUACUGGUCCAAUUCUCACGAUGACUCAGAUUCUCUCAUGAUGGUUGUCAGUGACACUUGGUGGAAAGUUUAGUGGUCAAACACAAGAAACAAAGUUGGUUGUUCACUUAUUAGUAAGAAAACAGAAUUGCCAUAAAGGAUGAAAUGACUUAAGUCAGUUAUGGGUUCUCCUAUAUAAAACAGGCAUGGUGCUGAAGUAUAACUUGGGAAUUCCAAGUGUUAAAAAGAAGGAUGAAAGGGACCUAGAAGUUGAGUUAUUUCUAGCAUUGACUACACAGACAUCGCUCAUUAACCAGCUAACAAGUGAGUAUGCUGAAGCAUCAUUAUAAUUAAAAAGAAUACAUGUAAAGGAAUAGCCAGGGAUGAGAUGGGUCUGAAAUGUGUCUCUUCCCUCUCUAGUUUCAAAUAAAUUCCUCUCAAAUUCAUAGAGAAUUCUUGCCAUCUACCAGGCUUAGUCUUCUUUGAAAUGAGAUGCUCCAGUAAGAAAUAAUGCUUUUGAUGAUUUUUUUUCUUCCUUUUGAGAAUUAUUUUAAUGUAUACAUUUGUGAAUUAAAAAAAUGAAUACAGGAAAAGAGAUCAGUGAUUGUAAGCCGUAGAAUAUAGAAAGGUAAGAGUCUGAGAGCAGAGAGUUUGGAGAAUGUGGGGGAAGAGAGAAAGGUGUCACAGAAAGUGACAUGAAAGAAAAUCCAUGCUUCAGAGUUUGGACAAGUCCAUCCCUACCAACACUGCUGUCAUUGAGAGAAUUCACCUGGUGUUCCACUCAAGACAGAGGAAAAAAUAAGGAGUAUUUGAGAAAUCAAAUAAAACUAUAGAUAUCGCCAAACCAUGGUGGUCAUUAUCAAAUGAAAUGGUGUUUAUUGUCUGAAAGACCCAUUUCUUAUCUCUAAAGAUAUUUAAAGGGUCAUAAUCUUUAAAUCUUCAUUGAAGAAAGCUUCAUUUAAGUUUCUGGGUUGUAUAUGUUGUUGUAAACUUAAGUGAAGCAAAUCCAAAUGCUAAUGCUGUUACAGAGAUUCUAAACUGUAAUUCAUAGUUUUAAGCUAAUUAGUGGAUAUUACAUAUUUUUAAGCUUAAA